UGCCCACGUGCCCACGUGCCCACGUCUGCCCUUGUGGUGCCCAUUCCACGGCAGUUGUCCUAUGGAUGGACUCACCCCUGCCAUUGGAUUGUGGAAUCUCCUCUACUGGCUGGGGGAUGCAUUGGUUUUAUUUUGCAUUGAGCCGUGAGUUGCGUUCUGUCUCACCACUGGUUUUUAACAGGAAUGCCACAAACGCAACUCAAAACAUCUAUGGCGGCCCUUUUUGCCGGCUUCAAGAUGAUGAAAAAAGUGUAGGCUUUACCCCCUUCUGGCAGGACUACAGGAGGAGGUGUUAAGGUGUUCAAACACCAAAUAGACACCCAUUACAAGGUAUUAAGUCUGUUUCAAGGACAGCGCAUACAUUGCUGAAACGUAAGUGUUUGCAUGUUUCACCACAAGUAUGUGUGGUUAAUGCCGACUUGACGCCUGGUAAUAAUAGGUGUCUGUUUGGUGUUUGAACAUCUUAAUACCUCCUGUAUUGUUGCCAGAGUAAACUUCUAAUAUGUUCGCCACGCUCGUAAGAGUGUGGCCUUCAUAUUGGCGGCCGAGACGUUUGUUGAAAUUGUACAUUGACGUGGCAGGGGUCGAGUCUGCGCUGACCCAACUCCGGAACCCCUCGAUGAAUGUGGCGGCGGCCUUUCCAGUUUCCGCUCGAUUUUUUGUGAUCUGGACAAUGCCACGUGGCAUUACAUUGAACGUGUGUGAAAAAGAGCCUUGUAGCUCAUCCGGAUUCCUCCAGAAGGAGAAAAAAUAUUCCGAUUAUGAUAUUGGGCGGCCAGUGCCUUGCAGUGAGUGGGUCCUGGGUCCGAAUCCUGAAUGCGGUGCCUGUCUGUCUGAAGUUUGAUGUUCCCCGCCCGCUGUUCUUCAUGGGUUUCCUCCUUGUUCUCCCUCGCACAGUUUAUAAACACGCUGCAUGACUGGUAUUGGCUGAAUAUCCCAAAUGCAAAAAAUAAAUAGGCCUCUAAAUUACUCAUUUGGGAUUACACAGCAGCAGCAAGUUGAGUUUCGUCUCACGAUACGGACGGCACAAGAUGUUGCGCCUCUUUGAAGUGCAAACGUGACGCUCCGCAAGGCGGUGGGGUGAGGCGGUUGUGAAGGGUCAGGUGGGGGAAAUGUCUGCCGUUGUUCCUACGGUCGUAUAUCUCUGCAGGAGUUGUCAUGCGGGGGACGGUGGGGGUGUGUUGGCGCGCGUACGAGUUGGCACGUGCAUUGGCACGUGCGUACGCAUGCUCUCGUGGGUGAGCGCAGCCUGGCCUAUCCUCAGACUCUUGUCCAAGCGCCCGUCGGAGAACAGCCCCGUUCAGGCUCUUGUUGUCAGAAUAGCAAUGUUUAUUUGUACUGGGGGAAUCCAGUGAGCUGUAAAGCUCUUUUUCGCAGAUGUUCAGUAGUGGCGGGUCAGAAUAUUACAACAUAAAACCAAACAAGGACAUGAUAGGAGUGCAUAGUAUAGGAAAGGUAAGAAAAUCACUGAAAAAAAUGUUUUUAGCAUUGUUUGUGUUGGGAAAAUGAGACUGGGGCUGUGCUGGAGAGAGAGUACAUUGGGAGAUGGUCAUAUCACGACGACAUUGGGAGAUGGUCCUAUCACGAUGACAUUGGGAGAUGGUUCUAUCACGACCACAUUGGGAGAUGGUUCUAUCACGACCACAUUGGGAGAUGGUUCUAUCACGACGACAUUAAUAGAUGGUUCUAUCACGACGCCAUUGGGAGAUGGUCCUAUCACGACGACAUUGGGAGAUGGUUCUAUCACGACGACAUUGGGAGAUGGUUCUAUCACGACGACAUUGGGAGAUGGUCCUAUCACGACAACAUUGGUAGAUGGUCCUAUCACGACAUUGGGAGAUGGUUCUAUCACGACGACAUUGGGAGAUGGUUCUAUCACAACGACAUUGGGAGAUGGUCCUAUCACGACAACAUUGGGAGAUGGUCCUAUCACGAUGACAUUGGGAGAUGGUUCUAUCACGACGACAUUGGGAGAUGGUUCUAUCACGACGACAUUGGGAGAUGGUCCUAUCACGACGACAUUGGGAGAUGGUUCUAUCACGACGACAUUAAUAGAUGGUUCUAUCACGACGACAUUGGGAGAUGGUUCUAUCACGACAUUGGGAGAUGGUUCUAUCACGACGACAUUGGGAGAUGGUUCUAUCACGACAACAUUAGGAGAUGGUUCUAUCAUGACGACAUUGGGAGAUGGUUCUAUCACGACGAAAUUGGGAGAUGGUCCUAUCACGACAACAUUGGGAGAUGGUCCUAUCACGAUGACAUUGGGAGAUGGUUCUAUCACGACAUUGGGAGAUGGUUCUAUCACGACGACAUUGGGAGAUGGUUCUAUCACGACAACAUUAGGAGAUGGUUCUAUCAUGACGACAUUGGGAGAUGGUUCUAUCACGACGACAUUGGGAGAUGGUCCUAUCACGACGACAUUGGGAGAUGGUUCUAUCACGACAUUGGGAGAUGGUUCUAUCACGACGACAUUGGGAGAUGGUUCUAUCACGACGACAUUGGGAGAUGGUCCUAUCAUGAGAACAGAGGUGUCAGAGGAGAGCUGGGUACCGUGACUGCAGCGAAAGAGAGAGAGCAUCAUCGCAUCCACGUCCUGCUGGCUCUAGACCCGUGUGGUUACCACCACCCCUUUCCUCACCCCUCCCCGCCGCCGCCACCUUCUGUUGCCGCGUUCAUUCAAAAUGUACGCUUCAUUGAAAGGCGGGGGGCGCGGGGGGCCCGGGCUCAUGGUUAUUGGUGGAUGUUGUGGGCAGGAGGAGAGCUUUGCGGGGACAACGAUGACUGCCGGUCAUGGUCGCGGGAAGAAGUA